AUGUGGGAUUCCCAACAAAAAGGGAGCUAUUCCCUUUUAUGGAAUGCUGUUCGUCUAUAUUCUGAUAAAGGAUAUGCUCCAGAUCGUCGCCUAGAUAUUAAUGCCUGGAUAAACUUGGGCGAUCCCAAGGGUAUUGAACAGCAACAAAAUCAGCAUUUAAUGACUAAUAAAAUAAUUUCUACUGAAUUACCUAAAGGAAAUGAGAAAAUGAUUGGUACUAAAUUUGUUGGGUCUAUUACUAGAGUUAAUAUGUGGAAUAGAAUGCUAGAUUUUGAAACAGAAAUUCCUUCAAUUGUUCAAAGAUGUCAAGGCUCUCCCGAUCUUUACGAAGGACUAUCAUUACGAUUCGCAAAUUAUGAUAGGCUUCAAGGAAAAGUGGAAAGAGUUGCUAAAAGUACCUGUGGCCGUAUCGACUUGUUAUCUCCAACAUGCCAUUCAUCUGGAGAUGAAAAUAAAAAUUUAAAAGACCAUCAAUGCCGUUCCAAAAUUCCAUCUAAUAUGAAUGAUUACCUUAAAGAAGAGUUGGUAGAAGUUGAAGGAUGUCCUAUGGAACCCAUAAAUGUCCAGACACCUUUGAAGGAAUUAAAUAUUUCUUGGAAGGAACCGAAAUUUUAUGAGACUAGUUUAAGGGUUCAAAUAGCCAGAAUUGAACAGAAUUUAAAGCCUGGACAAGUGUUUACUUGGGGACAAUAUUCAGCUAUUUAUUUGGCUUUGGACAAUCAAUCUUCUCCUUUAGCUACAUGUCAAUUUAAGAUUAACGUGGUCAGAGAAUUCUGUCCAGAUCCAGAGAUCCCAGUUAAUGGAGUUCAACGCUGUGAGCAAUGGGGACCUGGAUUGCGCUAUAAAGCGUGUUCUGUUCAUUGUCAAAACGGUUACGGCUUCAGCCGCCCUCCAGCAGCUUUCUACUCUUGUGGUGAGGACGGGAAAUGGCGUCCCAACGAGGGGAAACAACGUCCUUUCCGUUACCCUCAAUGCACUCGGCAAUCACCGGCCGAGCACUUGGCUAGAAUUCAAUUAAGCUACCCACAACUAGCCUUGUGCAACCCUGCAGGAAAAUCUACAGUAACCGAAAAAAUAAUUGAGAGAAUUAAUCAAAUUAAUAAUAAAUGGCAUAUUUGUGCUAAUAAUGAAGAAAGCUCUGACUGUUCUGGGGUUCAAGUUCAAAUUAAUUGUCAAGACAUUUUUGCCUCGGUACGUUUGAAAAGGCAAACUACUUUACAACAAUUUGAUGUCAUAAUUGAUGUCCCAAUCAGAGAAAUUCAAAGGAUGGACCCUGUAGAAAUUAUCCGUGAUGAGGCAAUGGCUCACGGACUAUUUUCUCUUGAGCAAGUUAUACCUAAUGGAAGACCUGAUAUUGGCGCAUUUCGAGUAGAAAAUGCAUUCCGCUGCCCCGUUGGUUACUUGCUAAAUAAUGGAAGUUGUGUUCCUUGCGCACCUGGAACAUUUUACUUUGUUCCGACAAGCGAAUGCAAGCUUUGUCCUAUCGGGCAGUACCAACCAGAAGAGGCACAGAAUCAAUGUAUAGAAUGUCCCACCGACUCUCCAAUGACUGUUGGAAUGGGGUCGAUUAAACAAAAUGAAUGUAGAAUUCGCUGCCUUCCUGGGCAUCAUUUAAAUAUUUCUACUGGACAAUGCGAGCCUUGUAGCUAUGGAUUUUUCCAGCCCGAUUCCGGAGCGUUCGAUUGUAUUCCUUGUGGAAUAGGUAAAACGACAUUGGAGAGAACGGCUAUUAACGAGGAUCAAUGUCGCGAUGAGUGUCCCGAUGGGCAACAAUUAACAGCUAGUGGAAGUUGCCAACCUUGCCCCCAGGGAAUGUACAGAACCCGGGGUCAGGACAAGCAGUGUGUGGAAUGUCCAAGUGGAACAACUACUGAAGGGGUUGGGGCUGGAAAUAAAGCGUUAUGUAAUACACCAAAAUGUGGGGCAGGUCAAUUCCUUCUUGCUGACAUUAAACGCUGUCAAUUCUGUCCAAGAGGUACUUUCCAAGACCAACAAUUACAAUUUGAAUGUAAAAAGUGCCCUCCUUCAUUUAAUACAGCAGAGGAAGGGGCAACUAGAGAGUCUCAAUGUUACUCAACUGAUCAAUGUGCACUUGGACAAGAUAAUUGUUCUUGGAAUGCGCAAUGUAUUGACUUGCCUGAUGAUAACGAUGUAGCAUCGUGGAGAUGUGUUUGCAAUCCUGGAUUUAGAGGAAAUGGUAUAAACUGUACAGGUGGAAACACAAAAAUUUUAAUAGUUGAUAAUAAAAUAUUAUUUAAAGAUGCCUGUCUAAAUUUCUGCUUAAACGAUGGAAUUUGUAGGAAGAAUAAGUUGGGGCAUGUCGAGUGUUCUUGUAAAGAAAACUUCUCUGGAGAGCGUUGUGAAAUACGUUUCCAGCCUCGUUCUCAAAAACUUGUUUACUGGACUGGCGCUAUUGUGGCUGUGGUAUUUCUCCUGAUUGUUAUUGUUGUAGUUAUCUGGAUGAUUUCUUUACGGUUUAGUCGUUCAUCGGACAAUUCCUUUUGUAAAAUCUUUAUAAUUUUUGAAAUUUUUCUUAAAUUUACAGUAUCCUCCCCUCUAGACAAACCAGCUCUUUCAUUCACUCAAAGCACCACAGAUUCUCCUCUAGCUUCCAACUUUCUUUACGGCCGCCCACCGCCUAUACUCGACAGAUCACAUUCCUCUUCACUUGGAGGUGGUGGAUCUAAUUCAAUAAUUCACCCUAUCGGUUUUUACUAUGAAGAUGAUCAGUCUCCAUAUGAUGGGGGUGUUGUAAGCGCCGUUAGCAGACAUGGACGUGAAAAUAGUCAAGAGAUGAAAUCCAUCUUUCUGGCUAGCACUGUACCAGAUAACAACAAUGAUGUUGUAGGAGGUUCAUCUUCUGCCUCACACUCUCCCGGUCAGCAAAAUAAUGGAGGAAUUAAAGUAACAGGGACAACGAAUACUACGAAUAGCAGUGGAGGGUUUGUUUGA